AUGGCUCUCCCUGCCCAUAGAAGCCAUACUUGCAAUCUGAAAUACGAUACAUCAGCUCGACCGUCCGAAAUGGGCUCCAUUUUUUCGGACCACGCCUCUUACACUCCACUUGGACAUUUAGACUCCACGCCAGACUACUGGUCGUCCAUAUCCAGCAUCGAUGAUGAUACACUCAGUAUCGCACCGGUUUCUCAACAGGCGAGACUUGAAGACAUCAUCGGGAUUACCCUCGAGCGUACAUGUUAUGGAUUCGCUCCAAGCCAAGGACGCCGCUGCCGCAACCCUAUCGCUCAGCACAGCCUAAACAACGCAUUAGGGUUACUGAAUCUAGGGAAUGAGCAGCUUUGUAAUGGACAAGACAUAUCUCAGACCCUUGAACGGCUAGCUACCCUUGUCCUUUGCAGGAGGAAUCAUCAAUACCAGGCCGUGACUGUAGCCCGGCGGUGGGCGGAGAUGGUGGCUUCUUCAUUGGCGCAAGGACAACCCGCCUAUGUUACCCCUACUCGCUCUCCUCCCUCACAGCGACAGUCAGCGUAUGCUAGCCAGCCUAGGACCAGACGAGUUCGUGUUCCAAUACCACCAAGGAGUGUAGUUUUUGGUGGACGCACAAGUGAUCAAAGAGACACAUCCUCUGGACACACUACCGUUGUGCCAGUCCCUCGUCCAACCAUUUCUCGACAGUCUACUUCACAGCCUCCUAUUGCCCACCUUCCCACCGCUCAAUCUAAUUCAUCCCGUACCACUCCCGUUCGAUAUGGCACCAGGAAAUUUAUCAAACCUAACGAGGAUUGCCCAAGGAAUGGAAACGAUCGUUUAGCGAUCACGUUCAACCUAGCUGUCCCUGCUGAGGAAGAAGAAGAAGAAGAAGAAUCUACUACAGACAGUAAUGAUUCUCGUAAUACUACCCAACCGCUUCCAUAUGCGAGUCGCGGUUCUUCUGAGCAGGAUAGCAGUGGACAGUCAAAUGAGGAGCAACUGGAGGAUGAAGAGACCAGUUCGGAAGAUUCUAACCCGGCAGAGGAGAAUCCCGUUGCAUAUACUCUAUCCGAUAAUGGAGGUUCCGCAGCCAGCAGCAUAGAAGCUGUAGACCAGGUGGAACCAGGAGGAGCUGGAACCGAUCUGGAGAACCCUAACAUAGAAUACCACACACUACUGCCGGAGAAUAACAACACAUCAACCUCAGCACUAAUACCAGCUCCGGAUUCUACUGGAGAAACGCCAUCUCAGCCCAUCCUUGAGCAAUAUAUCAGUCCUAGUGUUGACAGUAGCAUCGCCGGAACCUAUACACAUGCUGCUACACAGACCGAAAUCUCAAUUCCAAAAUAUAUAAAUCGGGAUGAUAAAGAUGAUGACCCUGAUCAUGGCUGUUGCCUUGGCCCUCUAGUGAAUAUUUGGCAUAGGGUGUCUAGCACUUUGUUGAAACUUUCCUAA